UUCACAGCCAAAACAGCAGCAGAGUUUGUCAGCGUGUCACUGGCACAGCCGGGACUGAGCUCCUGCCAUAGCUCUUUGGGCUGGGAUGGAUGCGUUACAGAACUGAGGAACAGGAACGUAGGGCAGACCCUGUAUGUGUGACAGUGCUGAGGGGCAGGAGCUGGCACUGUAAUGGUACAGAGGGGCAGGAGCUGGGUCUCUAACAGGACUGAGGGGCAGGAGCUGGUACUGUAAUGGUACUGAAGGGCAAGAGCUGACUCUGUAACAGGACUGAGGGGCAGGAGCUGGGUCUCUAUCAGGACUAUGAGGCAGAAGCUGUCACUGUAACAGGACUGAGUGGCCGGAGCUGGUACUGUAGAAAGACUGAGGAGCAGACACCGGCUCUAACACAGACUAAGAGGCAGUAGCUGGCUCUAACAGAACUGAGGGGCAGGAGAGAGCUCUCUAACAGGACUGGGGGGCAGGACCUGGCUCUCUAACAGGACCAAGGGCAGUUGUUGGUUAUCUGAUUACAGAACUGUGGAGCAGGAGCUCAUUGUAUCACAGGGCUGAGGGGCAGGAACUAGCUGCAUAGCAGAACUGAGGGAAAAGGAGCUCCAAAGCUGAGAAACAAGAGCUAGCUGUAUAGCAGAACUGAAAGGCAUUAUCUUGCUGUAUAACUGGACUACUCUGAGAGGAGCUGGCUGUAAACCCAAGGACUGAAGGAUAGAAACUGGCUAACAUCCAGAUCCAGGACUGAGGGUCAGGAGUUGGCUGUUACACCCAGGACUAAGGGAGAAGAGCUUUCAACACUUGGAGCUAAAGGACAUACUGGAUUUAACACUCUGGGCUGAAGGACAGAAGCUGGAUAUAACAUACAGGGCAGUAAGACUACCAUAUGCACAUUAAGCAGCGAUGUAACAAGGAGCUAACAUGCUUCAACAGGGGCUCUGAUCAACUGGACUGUGGUGGUUAGAAAACAGGGAAUUAUUUUGGCCUGUACCUGAACAGUACUGCGAUACUCAUCCCACUUUCUUCAUCGCAACCUAAAACCUACUGAGGCUAACAAAGUGUAUAUUUCAGAUGUGAAGAUGAUGGAACUCAGCCUAUCCGAAGUGCCUCUCUAUGGUCAGAUGAUUGUAUUUGCAACUUUUGGGCAAGAUCUUCAUCUGCCGGAAGAUGCAGAAUUCUACUUUGUUUACAAUGGAUCCAGCCAGAGGCACGUAAUAUUUGCAGAGCGCCUCGCUUCAAAUGUCCUGCGCUCUGUUUUUCCAGGCCACAAUUGCCCAGAAUCUGUAAUUGUUACUGUGUGUAUGCACACCGAGGGCUACUCACCUGUGAUCGUGGCUUGCACGCCUGUAACAUACAUAAGGGACACAGCAUGCAAUAUCUCACACUACCUGAAAAUGCACUGUGGGAGUCUAUCCCCCACCAGCCAUGAGACAAUACUCACUCAUUUUGGACUGACUGUCAAGGAUUUGCUCCAUAUGGACAGAAACAUGAUGCUGUGCCUCGCUAGUGAAGAAUCAAAGCCUAUCUGGAAUAUCCUUGGGUCGGCUUCUGAAUCAGGCAGCUUUCGUGGCGAGACUUUACUUCACCUGACAGCAAGAUGGGGAUUGGAAGAAGUCUCUCAUUUCCUUAUGUACCAGCCUGGUGGAGUGUGUGGAUUACAUACAGAAAAUGAAGAUCAGGAGACCCCAAUCGAUAUUGCAGCUCGCAGUGGACACAUCGGAUUGGUUGCACGCUUACGAAAUUUUCAGGAUGCGCCACCCCUUGACUUUUUCACAGUAGUCAUCGGAGAGGAUUCCUUCUUACGCUUCUGUCAUUCAACCACUGUGCUGACACUGACUCGGCUUCAGCCUCAGGGGAAGUCGCUGGAGUCUGACAUUGAGCUCUUCAGGAAAUGUUUGUGGGACUCCCGCUUCAUUGAAAAGAUAACAAACCCAAUGCAAAAUCAGGAUCACAAAAUACUGAACCAGCCCGAUGAAAUACAUAGAGAAGAAGAUAAAAGGUAUUCAUCAAUAGAUGUGCUCAAGAAGUUAAAACACCCGCCUACAUUUCUUGCUGCAUCCAGACUUUCUGCCAUGCUGAAUGGAAAUGAUGAGGUGUAUGCCAACAGUAUGGUGGUGGAUGAGGUGACUGAUUCAGAGAUCAACUACAUUCAUGUGGACAAUGCCAAUACUGAAGGCUCACCUACACACCGUUCAGACUCCACCCUGACAGAUAAAGCAAAUAAUUAUAGUGUUUGUGCAUCUCCUGAGAGAAACAGACCAGAAGUAAACAAUGUGGAUCAGGCAGACCUGCCUGCUUUCCUUUCACCUUCCCACCUGUACUCAGGUGCAGCACGGAGACAAAGCAGAACCCUGGGCUAUGCUACUGAAAGGAACACAGCUUGUAAUGUCAUAAAGAGAAGAAGCUCAAGUCUUGAUGGUCUCGAUGCUGACAGCGAAGGAGAAGGAACAUAUCCAAGAUAUAGUUCUGGGUCAUCCAUUAAACAGGACUCCCCUGGUCUUCUGGGAAACAGUGGGGAUGAACUUGACUCUCCUGAAAGAAAUGCUGAGCCUGACUUUCCAAUUAGAGGAGUGGGAACAUUGCCUCUGCAGGGAAAGGAUCCACUGGGCACUGGUGUUCGAUUGCGUUCAUACUCGUGUUCCUCGCCAAAGCUUUCUGUUGGAAUACCUCGCAUAGCAAGGGACCUCUCCGUCAGUGACACAAGUGAGGAUGGUGUGGUCAGCUUCAGUGGUCGCUCACUCCUCCAAGCACUUUCAUUGUCUAAAUCAGUAUAUCUUCUUCACCCUGGUAAACAGCGGGCGUAUAGCCUCCCUGAUCAACUGAGAGAAAAAAGGAUUGAGGAAGAGGAAUGGGAUAAAUACGCAACUCCUACAAAACCAGAAUCUGAAAAGAACAAAGUCAGCCGGACAUUUAGCUUCUUGCGGAACAGGAUGACCAGCACCAGGAACAAAAACAAGGUGAAAAAUAAGGAUAUGAAAGAGAAGGUGAACAGGCAUCAGUUUGUGACGGGCACGUUCUCUGGGGUGGUUCCAUGUUUGGUGUGUGAGAAGGCACUCCUGGGGAAGGAGUCUCUGCAGUGCUCCAGUUGUAAUGUGAAUGUACACAAAGGCUGCAAGGAAUCUGCUCCCCAUUGCACCAAGCGAUUUCAGGAACGAUAUCACCCAAAGAACAAGCAGUCGGCAGUUAUAUCAAAUUCAUCAUAUAAAGAUAUCCCACAACAAGUUCAACCUACAAUGCAUACUUCUACAUCUGUGCCUCUGGGUCUCUCCUCGGGCAAGAAAGAGACCAUUCACUCCACUCCCCUGCAUUCUAAAACCAUCCCUGUGUUAAGCUCUGAUAGAAGGUCUGACCCCUCUCUGGAAUCAGAUGGGGACACCAGUGGCUGCAGAUCGAGAUCUCAGUCGGAAGAGCUGCUGCAAACCUUGGGCACACCUCCAUCCAUGGACUGCUUCCCAAUUGAAGAUGUAGUAGAUACAACGUUAUGGAGUGACUUCAGUAAUGACAUGCAGGAAUUCGAAGCCGAGUCAUGGAGUCUUGUGGUUGAUCCAUUAUUCUGUGAAAAGCAAAAGAAAGAUGUUAUAAAGAGACAAGAUGUCAUUUUUGAACUGAUCCAGACAGAACUCCAUCACGUCCAGACAUUGUUGAUUAUGUCUGAGAUAUUCAGAAAAGGAAUGAAAGAGGAGCUUCAGUUGGACCACAGCACAGUGGAUAAAAUAUUCCCUUGUCUGGAUGAGCUGCUGGAGAUCCACAAGCAGUUCUUCUCCAACCUUAAAGAAAGGAAACAGGAAUCUAGGGAAGGAAACGACAAAAACUUUAUCAUCAACAGAAUUGGAGAUAUCCUCGUGCAACAGUUUUCAGCAGACAGUGCCAAUAAAAUGAAGAAGAUCUAUGGAGAGUUUUGCAGUCACCAUAUCGAAGCACUGAACUUGUUUAAGGAGCUACAGCAGAACAAGAAAUUCCAGAACUUUAUUAAACUAAGGAACCGUAAUCUCCUGGCACGCCGACGGGGUAUCCCGGAAUGCAUCCUUCUUGUAACUCAGCGCAUCACAAAGUAUCCAGUGCUUGUGGAAAGGAUAUUAAAAUACACCACCGAAGGGACAGAGGAGCACACAGAUCUCUGCAAAGCCCUGGUGUUAAUGAAGGAGCUGCUGGCAGCAGUGGAUUUGCAGGUCAAUAAGUUUGAGAAAGGACAAAAGCUGCUAGAGAUUCUGAAUAAAAUUGAAAAUAAAACUUGCACCAAAUUAAAGAAUGGCCUAGAAUUCAGAAAGCAGGACCUGACGAGCAAAGAGCGGGCGCUGCUGCAUGAGGGAGUGGUGUUUUGGAAAACGGCUACCGGGCGCUUUAAAGAUAUUCAAGCACUUCUGUUAACGGACAUCCUGCUGUUUCUACAAGAGAAGGAUCAAAAGUAUAUUUUUGCUGCAGUGGACCAGAAACCCCCAGUUAUUUGCCUUCGGAAACUGAUUGUGCGAGAAGUAGCGAAUGAGGAGCGCGGGAUGUUUUUAAUAAGUGCCUCAUCCGCUGGGCCUGAAAUGUAUGAGAUCCACACCAAUUCCAAGGAAGAGCGCAAUGGCUGGAUGAGGCAGAUUCAGGAGGCUGUACAGAGCUGUCCGCAGGAAGAUGAAGGUAAAAGCUGUGAAUCAGAUGAAGAUAAACGGGUGGCAGAGGCCAGAGCAGUGAAGGCUCAAAAGUAUCAUGAUACGCUGACCCUCCAAGAUCAGAAUAUCUGUAAUACUUUAGAGGAAAAAUUACAGAUCUACGCAGAACUUGCAGCCUUAAACACAAAGAGUGACAUGCACUUGGAACCUCACCUUUUUAUCAAAGCCGAUUCAGGGGAAAUCCCUCAGGCGGCGGCUCUGCUGGCUGCUGCACUCAAGGAAGCUGAAAAUCUCCACUCAACCAUUAAAUCACAAAUGGAGGAUCCAUCUUGGUUACCUGAAUAUGAAAGAAGCACUCCGAGAAGAUGUCGUUCUGUUGAAACAUUAGAUGAGGAACCGGAGACAUCAUAUAACUCCCAGAGCCCAGAUGCAAGGGAGAGAAGGAAGCUUUCCUAUGAUGCCAGUAUUUCUCAUGUGAAGAGUGACAGGGAUCUGGAUUUCACAGAAGAAAUUGAGGAAUGUAUGCAAAGUCCAAGCUAUAAUCAGGAUGAAGUUCUACAAGUGGUGCAUAACCUUACUCGCCUGCUGUACAGCAUACAGGCUACUGUUGCUAUGCAAGAUAGCCACAUAGAACUGCAUAAAGCUUUCCUACAGGAUUAUGAAUUGGGCAGUAGAGGUUCCCGUGGAAGUAUACUUAAUGAACAUGAGAAGUAUCGCAACCUAGAAAAGCACCGCUGCGAGAUGGUCAAUUUACAUAAACUCCAGCAACAGUUGCAUCAAGAACAACAACGCUGGCUGCGCGAGUGCGACCAAAAACAGAGGGAAAACGAGGAGAAGGAGAGCAUGCUCCAGCAUAGGGAGCAAGAGUGUCAGAGUCAGGAACAUCUCUUGCACCAAAAGAGGGAGGAACUUGACCAACAGCAGCAAGAAUUCCAGCAAAACGUGGAGCGGCUACAGGAGGGUCAUAGACUUGUGGAGAGGGAGAAGGAGGAUCUGGCUGUGAAACUUAAGCUUUGGAGGCACUUUAACAACCAUCAGCCAAGGAGUCUAUUGACUGAGGGUGUCGGAAGCCGUCGCUCUGUCAGUUUACAAGACGAAGACUCUGUGUAUAUUAACAGUGCCUUGGCUCAGAUAUCACUCAACACCAUCACAACAUUUCCAGCCCCAGACUACCCGAAUGCACAUUUGUUUCACAGCCCCAGUUCACUCCUUGCACAGUCUACUGAGAAAAACACAACGGACACUGCUAAUGAGCCUUGGAGCUCUGUGGUCUCUCGCCACCAAAGACUUGAAGGAUCUUCACUCAUUUCCCGGCACAACAAGGAUGCAUGUAACAAUGAUCUGAAUGCAGCUCAUGUUAUUUCCUGUGGUACGCUCCUGUCUGUGCCUAAUGCAACGCAGCCUGUGGAACCACAGACCAAACCCGCAGAAGAAACCUCACAUCAUUUGGAAAAUGGCAAAAUUGAAGAGAACAUAGUUUACCUCUGAUUGCGCAUGGACGUAACGUUUGCUCUCUGGAGAAUUCCCUGCGCUGGUGGAACCUACAAACCAUUUGCUCACAAUCAGACAACGGACAGGAGAAAAUGGUCAUUUUUUUUCAUUUGUGUUUUUGUACUACUUGCCAUUGAGUGGCAAGGCAUCGAUGCCAUGUGGAUUCUUAUUGACAUUUUAUUGUUUUAUUAUCACUUCUGUAUCCUGAUUUACCCAUGGAGCCCAUAGCCAGCAACAUGUGAGCGACCCGUGACUCUCGGGGUAUUACCAUGGAGCUACAAUCACUUCCUAUGGCCCUUAGGGUUCUACAGAGGACAUUCUCAUGUAUCUCAAACCGAGGGCACGACUGAAGCCUAUGGAUGUCUGUUACAUGCCAUUUCAAGGAUAUUUCCAUGAACUGCAUUAUUUCCAUGAACAAAUGGAAAUAAGCAGCCAAUCGCUGCAGGUCCAUAAUAUAAGUAUUUAAUGGCUGGCAGUGAACUUGUUGCUUUGUAGCCCUCUUGCUCAGUGAGCCAGGGGAUACAUUUUAUAUUUUUUUCUUGUGGAAAACUAAGUUAUAUUUAAGUAUGUUGUUAAUCCCUCUUGUCUUAAGCACCUUUUGCAGGUAUUGUCCCUUAACAAAGUCACAGAAAACAUAUUCCUAAGCAUAUGUCUUAAUGGGGAAGAGCUCAGAGUGCUCUUCUGAGCGAUUUUGCAGUUUACACCAAAUAUUGUUUUCUUGCUGUGAUUUUAUGAUAUCAGUAGUUAUUAACGUCUGUGAUUGUGAACCAAGCACUUGUGUUAGGGCAGGCUGGGCAGUGCUAUUGGUCAGUGUGACAGAAGCAAUAUCAUCGGGCAGAGAGGCGUCAGGAGACACUUCCUGCUUCAGUAAAUGAGCUUUUGCCAUUCUCUCUAGAACCUCCCCAACAGAACAGCAGAGGGCGCUCCCAUUUCACAUUCAUUAUAGUAGCAGUGAACAACUGCUAUUAUUAAUUAAAAUGGAAAAAUGUAAAUUGCAAAAAUGCUCAGAAGAACAAUUUUACAUGAAGUUAUACAGGUGGGUAUAUAUCACUUUUAAAGAUAUAAAAUGAUCAUGCUGAGUGUGCCGGAAAUUCCGUGGAGAAUAUAAUGCUCUGGAUGGGCCUCCUGACUGAGCAUCUUAUGGGGGGGUCUGUGUUCUGUUAGAAAGUCAAUUAAUACAGUGACCUUUAACUGUGUUUAAUUGGGAACAUUAAUCCCUAUGGAUCUUACUGAGAUCUCUGGUUGGGGUGCAGCAGGGUUUGGCUCUAAGCUACUGAUUGGUGGCAGGUAUCAGUGUUACUUGGUGUCAGUCUGGGAUUAGAGCCUUGCCCCUCCCUGCACUGCGUGAAAGGGGAUUCUUUUUUAUAAAUCGUUUAGUAUGUUUUAGAUGGAUUUAUUCUAAGCAGCCUUUCUAUUGGUCUUCAUUAUUUAUUUUGUUUGCUUGUUUUAAUUAUUAAUCUAUUCUGGUUACAGCCUGCAAUUGAAACAUCUAUCUGGGUGUCGUGGGUCACUGACCCCCAGCAACAAAAACACAGACUAAUUAUGAGGGUUAGAAGUUAUUAUUAUAUAGGAAUAUAAAUAGUACAAACAUGAAAAAAAAUUAAAUAAUGAAGACUAAUUGCAGAUUGCCUUUAAAUACCUUUGUCUACAUCAUACUAACAUUUUGGGGGGCACUACCCCUCUAAUUAUUCUUGCAGGCAGCCUUUCUGGCAGGGUCUGGGUUCGCUGUAAACAUUAAUCCACUUCUGUUAUCCCAUUGCCGUUCCUUUCAGCUCACAGAAAUCUUCAGAGCAAUGCGAGGCCAUAGGAGCCACAGAUGAGAUUCAGCUAAACGGGAUUGUUUGCUUUUGCCAUUAUUUGGGAUAUUAGAAGGCAAAAAAGCCAAUUUGUUAUAAAAGAAUAAGAACAGGAUCAUGUAUGAUGAGUGUUAGCGGUAUAGACAGAAAUAUACAGGGACAUGUUCUUUCUAUAAACCCCAGUACUGGCGGAUCUCUGCUCAGCACCAUGGGAAGCAGGACAUGGGGAAGGUGGGUUAUUAUAUUGGCACAGGGAAUUCUAUGUUCUUUGAUGCUGUUUUGUGUCCCAGUUCUGCUCUGACUUUGCCUUGUAGUUACACCUGUAUGCCCAGAGCCUUCCAUCGCGCACCUAAGCAGCUGUGAGCGAGGCUUGUAUGCAGGGACUCACAGCACAGCGCUGGCACCGCUUCCCCUACAUGUUAUAAACACUAUCAGUCGCCCGUAUGCUUAUACUUCAUUGUUACAUUCCAGUUAAAAGACUCCUCGCCUCUGUGUAAAGUAUAUUUGAUACAAUAAAAAUAUAUUUAUUACCAUG